AUCACCUGUCUAUAUAUAUAUAUAUACGCAUGUAUAUCUGUAUCUAUAUUCUCCAUAACAAUGUCAUCUCAUUAAUGGUGAUUCCAUAAACAAAAUCUGUUAUGAUCUUUUUUUCUCAAUUGGAGAAACUGGUUCAACAAUGGCGGAAAUGAAAACAAUGAAACCGAAUAAGCGGUUCAGUGUCGGUUACGCAUUGUUACAGAAGAAACAGAGGAGUUUUAUUCAGUGUUCGUUACUGAAUUCCGCGAAGGCACGCGGUAUCGAUCUGGUUCGAAUCGAUACCGACACGCCACUAGUGAACCAAGGUCCUUUCGAUUGCGUGAUUCACAAGUUAACAAGUGAGGAUUGGAAGCAACAGCUAACAGAUUAUCUGGUUCGAAACCCUAGCUCCGUUGUCAUCGACUCUCCGGAUGCGAUUACAAGGCUGCAUAACCGGAUAUCGAUGCUCGAAGUUGUUUCUCAGAUUGAAGAAUUCAUCUGUGGUGACAGUGAAAGUCAGGCUGCUUCGGUUGGGAUACCGAAGCAGAUUGUAAUCCAUCAACAUGAUAAUUUGAAUGAAGAUCUGACCUGUUGGACCGGAGGAUUGAAGUAUCCGGUUAUUGCGAAACCGUUGGUGGCUGAUGGGAGUGUGAAGUCUCAUAAAAUGUUAUUGAUAUUUAGUAAGGAGGGUUUGGAGAAGCUGAAACCGCCUACGGUUUUGCAGGAGUUUGUUAACCAUGGUGGGGUGAUAUUUAAGGUGUAUGUGGUUGGGGAGUAUGUGAAAUGUGUGAGGCGGAAGUCGCUGGCGGAUAUUAGUGAGGAGAGGUUGAGGUUGGGGAGUUUGCAGGGUUCGGUUUCGUUUUGUCAGGUUUCGAACAUGAAGUCUAGUGUGAAGAAUUGUGAUAGUUAUUAUAAGAGUUUGGAAGAUGAUGCAGAGAUGCCUCCUAUGGGGUUGAUAAGGAAUGUGGCUCGUGGGCUGCGUAAGGCGAUGAAACUGCAUCUUUUUAACUUUGAUGUGAUUAGGGAUACUCGUGUUGGGAAUCGGUACCUUGUUGUGGAUAUUAACUAUUUCCCUGGUUAUGCUAAGAUGCCUGGUUAUGAGUCGGUUUUGACUGACUUUUUGUGGGAUGUUUUGACGAACGAAGAAGCUAGGUCGUUUAGUAACCAGAAAGACAAGAAAGAAACGGUGAAAGUUGUAGAUAGUGUUGGUGGGCUUGUGGACGAAAAAGGGGCUCUUCCUGUGCUUGCUGUUGGAAUGGAAGAACAAGAUCUUUUGCGGGUCUAGUAAUGUCUGCAGGAAUGAGGAUCGGUUUCGCUGAAGUGUAUGCUGGUCUUUGAUGUUGACUGUUGAGUUUGUUAGUAAAAGAGUUAUCUUUAGGGUUCUUUACUUUUGUUUUAUGGUUGGUAACUUGGUAUAGGUGGUUUACAUGGUGUUCGUUGUCGCGCUGUCGAUAAUGUAUAUUCAAUACUCUGCAAGUUUGUAGGGAGUUUAGGUGGCUUUAAAAGGCAUAUUGUAUUGCAUCGUGUAUAAUCUUAUAUAAUAUGUGACUUGUGCCGGCUUUAGUGGAUGAA